AAUUCUACUAUAAUCAAAUCAAUCAACUCAUAAUGACCUCCAUGAAAUUGAUUCUUGUUUUCUCCCUCUUCACCCUUCUCUUGUUAUGUCAAUCUCCUCGUGUUUUAGCACAGGAAAGCCACCAGUUGGUUCCAUCUGGUCACCAACCUCUUUCUGAGACUGAAAAAUCCUGAAUUCCAUUGACAAUAGGGAGCUCCGGGUUUAUGUGAGAAAGAGAAUUCGGCCUGUUGGCGUAGGAACUCGUGGCAGAACAUCAUCGGCUGGGCGAAUGCAAUUGUCAUCUUUGCAUGUUGCUCCUGUUCUUGCUUGCGCCUUGUUCGUUGGUUUCUUCCUAUAGAAUAGACUUGGAUUAAUUAAUCCAUUUUCUAUUU